AUGUUUUCUCUUCACACCAUCCGCUCCGGUCUUCCGCGAAGAUGUCUCGCCGCAAGCUCCGUGCGGACGUACGCUAACCAGACUCCCGGUAAUCCCAUGCUGGAGAUAUUCAAUCGCAAAACAAAGCACCUACAGAAGGACCGAGCUGCUCGAAAUGUCGAGGAGAGUCGGAAAGUCGACUACCUGAAAGAUGAAGUGGCAAGGCGGUUAUGCGAACGGUUGUUGGACAUUAAACGCGACUUUCCCAAUGUGCUUGAUCUCGGCGCAAAUAGCUGCAACAUUGCUAGAGCGCUGACGACUCCGGACCUCGAUAUGGCCUCGCCGGAGGGCGUCUCGACACCAUCGUUGACGCAGAAGAUCCCUAAUCUUACAUGCGUGGAGACAUCGCGGGCUUUGCUACACCGAGAUGAGGAGCUUCCUUUCAAUAAAGAACUCAAUAUCACUCGCGACGUGAUUCCGGAUCUGGAGUCAUUGCCCUACCCGCCUAACUCGUUUGAUGCUGUGCUCUCGUCACUGUCGAUGCAUUGGAUCAAUGAUUUGCCGGGGUUGCUUAACCAAGUCAACACAAUCCUCAAGCCGGAUUGUCCUUUCAUUGGUGCUAUGUUUGGUGGUGAUACGCUGUUCGAGCUCCGAGGGUCGAUGCAGCUGGCUGAUCUGGAACGGCGCGGCGGAGUCAGUCCACAUGUUUCGCCGCUCGCGGAUGUCAAGGAUGUGGGAAGUCUGCUUACUCGCGCUGGGUUCAAAAUGCUCACGGUCGACGUGGAAGAUAUCGUGGUUGAGUUCCCGGAUACAUUCGCUCUCAUGCAAGAUCUACAGGCUAUGGGUGAAAGCAAUGCUAUCAUGCACCGGGAGGCUGGUCCUUUGUCUCGCGAUGUCUUGCUGGCCAACGAGGCCAUCUACCGGACUCUGCAUAUGGAGGACGAUGCACCCGGUAUCCCUGCGACAUUCCGGAUGAUUUACAUGAUCGGUUGGAAGGAGGGCGAGAACCAGCCGCAGCCAUUGCAGCGCGGUAGUGGUGAUGUCAAUCUCAAGGAUAUCUUGGGCGGAGGUGAUUUCUCAAGACCUUGA